AUGCAUUGCCAAACGCUCAUUCAAAUCGUCUCGGCCUUGGCUCUGACUUCCACCCUCGUUGGGGCUGCUCCAUCCAACAACCCAUCUCCCCAGCCUAAUCAUGUAGAGGUUGGUCGGAUCAGACAAGCAUUCAGAGGCUUGGGAAACAUCACAGUCGAAUGGGUUGAUAUUGGAAAUGGAGAUAGGAAAGCUCAUAUCGACAAGGUGCAAAUAAGCCCGCGAGCACUUACAAAUCUCGACCAGCGCUCAAUCAAUGUGGACCCGUCCAAUUUUCUUUCCAAGUACUGGAAGCACGGCGUUAAGAAGACUAUCGCGGGGUACAAUGGUUGGCAGACCUGCGUCGAGGGUGGCAGUCAAAUCGUCCCUCAAUUCCUCAAAGACACGCUCCCAAGCGUCUGCGAACACUUUCUCAACGAGAUUCCCGGCAAGCAGACUCUUAAUGCUGGCUGGGAUUUGUACCAGAAAUCCGGCAUUCGAGUGAACCCUACUAAGAAGAAUGAUAAGAAUGGUGGAGAGCCAGGUAUCCUGAACUGGGGGCUUGGUAGGGUGGACUCUUCUGCCGCGACCUUCGAUAAGAAACUAUGCGAUGGGCUGAUUGACUCCAUCAUGGCCCCACAGUGCCUGUGGGAUGGCGAUACUGCGGGUGUUGUGGCCUCCGCUGCGGGUUGGGCUAUGAUGGCCGACCCCGAUAGGGCCCAGGGCGAUUAA